AUGGACGCCCCAGAGGAUCGGGCUGUCAAGCUGCAGAAGGUGUCCGGGGAUCUCCUGGGCCAGUUCGGCGAGCGUCUGCCCCAGCUGCUGCAGACCGCGGACGGCGAAGGCGCCCGGAAGAGACGAAGCACCGUCGACAGCUUGAUUGGCCUUAUCGAACCGUUCCAAGAAUCCCCACAGCUGCUCGACCCGUACCUGCAGUCCUAUCUCACCCAGCUCACCGAGGUCUUCCUCGCCCAACUGCCCAAACCGUCCGCCGCUGUCUCCCCGGAAUCGCAGUCGGAGGAGGAGAAGAAGGCCAGCCUCAACCCGCCGCUACCCCUCCACGACGGCGUCGCAAAACUACUGUACACGCUCUGCAAGAUCCGCGGGCCCAAGAUCAUCUCCCGCUUCCUCCCCAACGAGCCCCGCUGGCUGGAGCCACUGUGCAUCUUUGCCACCACCGAAACCCCCGACCGCUCGUGGGAGCUCCGCUACGUGCUUCUACUCUGGCUCAGCCAUCUACUUCUCACCCCGUUCGACCUCAGCACCAUCUCCGACCCCGCCAUAACCCCCCCGCCGCUCCCUGCGCAGCUCGAUCUCCCAGCCCUCCCAUCCCUCUCCCGCCGCCUGCUGGCGCUCGGAAUCACCCAUCUCUCGUCGCCGGGCAACCGCGAGAGCGACGCCGCAUCGCUCCUGCUCGACCGACUAUGUCUGCGCAAGGACAUGCGCGCCCUCGGGCUUCUGCCCGCACUCGUCACCUGGUGUCUUGAUUCCUUCAAACCAAGCACCACCACCGCCACCGCUGCUACAACCAUGGCUACCGCGUCAAACACCCUCUUCAUGAAGACCGCGAUCCUGCGUGUCCUCGCCGGCAUCCUUGCGCAGGGGGGCCGCGGAGUCGUCUCCGAGUUUGCGCCCAGGAUCUUCACGCUCGCAAAGAAGCUCGAGGCCGCCGACGGCGAGGAGUGGAAUUCCGCCAAUGUCCGCAGACUGGGGAUGAAGAUCUACCGCUGGGUGGCUAUCCUGUCACUCGCGCCCGAGGGAGAGGAGGACGGGGAGGAGGGGUCCCUCGCCGUCAUCUCGCGCAAGCUGCCCCCGGACCUCGCUGGCGAGGUCCUAGAGGCCGUCAUGGGCAUCUACGAGGAGGACGUCUUCUACUACCCCGCGCACGGCGCAAACCGAGAAAAGAUCCUCUCCGCCGUGACGGCCGAGAAGUGGCACGGCGCAACGCUCACGCUCGCCACCUUCCUGCGCCAGCGCGCCGUACGGAGCACCGACGUGCUCGAGCGCGUCGUGCGCAGCAUCAUCGACUCGCUGCACUUUGAGCAGCGCCGCGCCACGUUCGCGCUCGGCGGGAACGUGCGCGACGCGGCGUGCUACGCGGCGUGGAGCUUGGCGCGGUCGUAUACGACGGAUGAGCUGCUGGCCGUGGGCGACAUCGAUGGGCGUGGGAAUGUGCAGCAGCUGCUGGCGACGGAGCUGGCGGUGGCGGGGUGUCUGGACCCGCUCGGGAACAUAAGGAGGGCGGCGUCGGCGGCGCUGCAGGAGCUGAUUGGGAGGCAUCCGAAUACGAUUAUCGAGGGGAUUCGGGUGGUGCAGGUUGUGGACUAUAAUGCGGUGGCCCUGCGGAGGAGGAGUGUGGUCGCUGUGGCGGAGGAGAUUGCGGCGCUGGAUGUGGGGUACUGGGAUGCGAUUGUGGGCGGGAUUGUGGAGGGGUGGAGAGGCGUGGGGAGUAGUGACCUUGAGGGCCGGAAACUGUCUGGUUUGGGCCUGAGAGGGGUGGUGAGAAUAGCUCUACCUGGUGACGAUGAGGAGGCCCGUAAUGUGAGGGCAAGGAAAGUAUUGAACUCUCUGGUGCACCGAAUCAGGGCCGAGGGCAAAUCCGAUGUCGAGAUCUGGCACGGCGGCACCUGGGCCCUCGCAGAAGUUCUCGACGGGCUCUCAACCCUUCCUUCCCCCACCUCCACCUCGUCGUCCCUCUUUGCGCCCUCAGAAUCAAAGCUGCUCCUCGAAAACGUCUUCGAGAAGCUCGUCGGCAAAGAAUUCGUCAACCCCAUUCUCCGCCCCGAGCUCACCUCCGAGGCCGCAUCCCGCCUCGUCUCCGCCCUCUCCUCCAGCUCCCCUCUGUUCUCACCACACAUACCCGCCCCGACACUGCGCCUCUGGACCGCGAUCAUCGAGGCCUCUCUCGACCGCAACGACGACAUCGUCCUCGCCCAGGCCGUCCCCGCCACAAAGCCCCUCUUCGGCAUCCUGUCCCCGCGCAACCGCCAGGCGCUCAUCGAGACAUGGUGCCGGCGCGCAUCCUCCAGCGGGAAGAAGCGCGGCUACGUACUCGCCCUCGGCGAGGUCAUAGGCUUCGUGUAUAGCGCCGACGUAGCGCUGAAGGACAAGAUCGUCGAGACGCUUGUCUCUGCCGCUGAGCGGGACGGCGAGGUUGAGCUGCGCGUGGCGGGCGUGAGGGCGCUGGGCUGCGGGGUGAUUGCCAGGGAGGGGCUGGAGAAUGGGGCGGUUGCAAGGGUGCUGCUGAAGGCGCUGGAUGACUAUGAGGUUGACUCGAGGGGGGAUGUGGGCUCGUGGGCGAGGGCGGAGGGGAUAAAGGCGGUGUUUGAGAAUUGGGGAGGGGAGGGGUGGAGGGGUGAUGUGAAGGGGGUGCAGGAGUGGGAGGUGUUGAAGAGGCUGGUGAGACUGAGUGCGGAGCGGUUGGAUAGGAUGCGGGCGCGCGCUUGUGAGGCGAUGUUGAAGAUAUCGGCCUCGUGGGAGGAGAGUGAGCUGGAGUCAUAUCUUGACCGCCCAAAACUCGCAUCCGAUCUCGCCGCAAACUCCAUCUCCUCAAAAGAGUAUUUCCAGGGCGUGAUCCCGCUCCUCCAGCACCCGCGCCUCAAAGUCGAGUUCCUAAAAGGCUACGUCACCGCCGCCGGCGCGGGCUCCGACAGCCUGCUCAAGACCAGCCGCUCCGUCCUCCUCACGCACCUCACCGCCGUCUCCGCCUCCUCCCCCUCCUCCUACGUCUCCUCCAUCGUCGACACAACACUGCAAGUCCUCUCCUCCCCCGACAGCACCAGCGACCGCAUCGUCAUCCCCACACUCGAAGUCAUCGCCGCUGUCCUCGAAAUGACGCCCCUCGGCCGCCCCGGCGGCACAGACGAGACAACAGCGCCGCUCACGCGCCUCUUCGCAACGGUGCAGAAGCUGCAGUUCAAGUCCGGAAACCCACUGAAGCUUGCUGCGGCGGUGCGGGCGUACUCGGGGAUACUGAUUGCGGCGGAGUCGGCGGAGCUGCGGAGGAAGGUGCUGGUGAAGAUGGUGGGGAUGCUGUUGCAUCCGUUUCCGAGGGUGAGGGAGAUGGUGGCGGAGGUGUUGUAUGUGCAUGGGCAUUUUACGGGUGGGGAGGUGUGGGGGGGGAAGGGGGAGAAGGGGGAGGUGGUGGAGAGGGUGCUGGUGGAGGGGGAUUGGUUGGGGGGCGUGAAGGAGUUGAGGAGGGGGGUGGGGAUUUUGAAGGGUGUUUUGGAGGCGUAG